AUGACUAGUGGAUUGAAAAAUGAGCUAACAAUAGUCCCUGAUUCAGAAGGAGAAUCUCAAGAAAUUGUAUUUUGGUAUCCCAGCGAUACUAGCAAUGGAAAGAAUUUCCAACUAUGUUCUACAUCAUCUACAAAUAUCAUUCCUGAUAAUAAUAGCGAAUUUUCAACUUCAGAUACAGAAGAUGCUUUUAAUUGUAACGCUAACCUUUCUAAUAACAAAAUUUCAUCAAACAAUGCUUCAUUUGAUUUAAACACAAACAUCGAGCAUCCGGAUAGUGUUAUACGGCAUUCUUUAGACAUCCCUAUAAUGAAUAAGCAGAAAGAAGCUGAAUCAACCGAGCAAUUAUACAAUCAACAUAAUAAUAUUCUUGACAAACAAGAAAGACCUUUAAGAUGGUCACUACGUAAACGUAAAGCUAUCCAAAAAAUGCCCUACAGUUUAGAUAGAUUAAAACAUAAACAGUUGUUAAAAGGGUACGAAGUCCUUAACUUUGACAGUAUUAAUGUAAACGAUUUACCUGAGAUUUCACUUUCCUUUGGAGAAAAAAACCAUAACAAAUUUACAAAUAAACAACAACAUACACAACAUCCUCUACUAUCAACCCAGGAUGAUUUCUGGCAGGAUAGCGAUGAUGACUAUGAUUUCGAAAUCCAAAGAAAUAUUUCUUUUCAGAAUAGCGCUACACAUACAGAUAGUAGCGAUAAUAGAUCUACUGAUUCUGAAGAGAGCAUUAUUUUACCAAGAAAAUUGGCAAAACAGGGCAUUCUUGAGGAAGGAAAUAGUGACAACAAUAUGACUUUAUUAAGCUGUUCCAAUACAAACUCUGAUGAAAAUGAUGUUUCAACAUCAAAAAUCUCCCAAUUAUCUGAAGAUACUUCAAAAAAGGAGACAGAUAAUAUUAUAUUUAGAGGGAGAGUGAUUAGCUUGAAAAACGGAUAUAAAGGUGUAUUGCCUAAGGCAAUUUGGGAAAAACAAAUUAAAGCUACCGAGGGAACAGUUGUUCCAAAUGGUGGGAAAAAAACUAGAGGCUAUAUAAAUAACACAGUACCACAUAAGGGUGUUGCUAAAAGGAAAAUAACACGCAAUCCCCGAAACAAUCAAUACCAAGAAUUAUUGAAUGACAUACUGGCCUCUGAUGACGAAGAGCCUUCGGAAACAAAUAACGCUAAUAGUAACAUUAGCACUAAUUCCAGCGAUAGCAUAAUGUUACAUACUAUCAAUGCUGGAAUUGAAGAUGCAAAAGCAGCUGCAGAAAUUAAUGAAUAUUUUGAAAAGAAAUAUAAUGAAUUUUAUACAAGCGAUUAUUUAUCUUUGUCUUCAAAUGAUAAGUCAAUUGCUCAACAGAAACAGAGCUCCACUGAUUUAUCAAAUCAAAAUUUAAGGAGACAUUCAUCUGGCGCUGAAAAUAUUUCUGUUCAUACUUUUAAAAACAAUAUCGAUAGUUCGGAUGAUUCUAUUAACAUAAAGAAAAUGGAAGGUAGUAUAAUUGAUUUGCACGAUUAUCCUCAGAUAGAUUAUAUGCUGAGUAAACGUUCCAAAAUAAGGGGAUCCAGCAGCAAUACUAUUAAUAACGGUACAUCUAAAAGAAAGAAGAAUGUUACAAGGAGAACCCGAAUUCUUAGAGAUAAAAGACAAACACGGAAUUUCAAUGCCCCAAAAUUUUUUAAAAUUGGGAGGAAUAUUUCAAAAAAUAAUGAUUUAAGUUCAAUUGGACAUGCUGCUCCUUCAAUUGUGGAAAGUAUCGCUGAAACUAGUGCUUUUGGUAAUAAUGUUGAAUAUGCCCAGUCUGGUUCGGUUAAAAGAAUUGGGAAUGGCAGAUCAGGAAAUGGUAUAAACGUUUUUGCAAAAACAACAACACCAGAAACAAAGGAUACACACAAACUGAAUAAGACAAAAAAUAAUAAUAAAGAAAAUGAUAAAAAAGGAAAAAGGAAAAUUGGGUUAUAUACAACAGAUAUGCUACUUGGCGAUGAUAUAGAAUUAAAUAGGAAAAUAAAUGCAUUUACCACAAUUGUAGAAGCUCCUGGGAAUAAGUACGUAUUAAACAAAGUGAAAAGAAAACCUGCUGUUCCUGCUGGAGGCCACACAGACGUUUCAGAUAGUUCAGCUGAGAGAAUAGCAACCAAUAAAAGUGUACUACUUGACACCCCCAUUUUUAAAGCUUUAUCAACAAAUUCACUUUUCCAGGCCCCUGAUACAAUUUCAUAUUUCAUAGCACAGGAAAAAAUAACUUUGUCUUCAUUUUCUAAUGAAUUCCUGAAGCAAUUAGCUGCCUCCUUUGAUAAAAUUGUAAGAGUAGGUAUAACUGAUGUGGAAUUAUUAGAUUUUCUAGGCAAAUUGAUAGAGUUUUGCUAUCACCGCAAUAACUCUGAUAUAUUACCAAUCUUAGAUUCCUUUCAAACUUCCUUUAGAUCAAAACUAAGACAGGUGGCUCAAAGAGCAAAACCGAUCCAUUUUUUCACACUUUCCGUUUGCUUGUUAAUUGAAUUUGAAGUAUCCAAUUAUAGUUCUAUUACAAGUUCGUUUAGGUCCAAUAUUGAGAGCAAAAUUUUAAGGGACAGCGAAAAGUAUUUUGAACUAUUAUCUAACAUGUCAGUUACCGUUUCUCGAUUUGGACAGACGGAUUUUUUAGCUGAAAGCCAUUUUAUUGUUUCUUUUCUCAUUAAUAAGCUGAAUAUGAAGGAUAAAUUUUGGGCGGAAAUAAGCUCUAAACGCUGCUUAUCACCCAAGAUUUUAAAUACUGUGCUCUAUCUAUUUCCAACUAAAACCCCAUAUUGGAAUAUUAUUUCAUUAGAAAAUCAAGAUUUUCCACUUGUAUCUGCCUCGAUUAAUUUCAUCCAAUUUGCAAUAAAUGAUUAUGACUGGAUAAUAACAAAGGAGUUGGUACUAAAACUACAUUUAUUAUUUAAAAGCAGAUCUUUCACAAAUUUUGAACAAGAAUGUAAUAAUAAAGAUGGUGUUUGCAGAAUUGUAAAUAAAAAUUUUGGAAUUGAACCAGAUACAAUAUUCAAUUUUUACUUAACUGUUUUGAACAAUUUUGUAAUAACAGACUCAUUAAUAGAGAAAAUUACACCCUUGGGGAGUAUCACCACCAUGGACGGAUCCCAAAUUCCAAACAGAAUUAAUUUAUUGUUAACUUUAACAUUAAAGUCAGACUUUUUGUUUGAAAAAAAAUACGAACAACUAAUAACAUCAGCUCUAAGCGGUUUCCCCGAUAUAGGUGUCUUUAACUAUAAAUAUAUGCUGGAGGGUCUACUAUCAUUAUUCGAAGUAAGUAAUCAAAAAAACCAGACUAUCAAUGGAAAUUGUAUUUUAAUCUUUUAUGAAUACCAAAAGAAUAAACCCAAUGUCAAAGGAAGUUAUUCUGAAGUUUGGUGCGAUUUUAUUGGCCAUCUAUGUAAGAUUUUGCCUAAUUUUGGCACGAAUAAGCAACAUUUACUAUAUUCAUUGCGCCAUGUUGCAUCGCAGAUGGCCAAGGAUGGGAACUAUGACAGUGUAGUGCUCAUUAUGAUACUGGGGUUGGUUACUAAGAACCUAAAACUGUUACCACCGAGAUGGGUAGAAUCAAAUCUUUACCAGUUAUUAUCAACGGUUUGUUUUCAAAAUUUCAAACUUUUCAAAAUAUAUUGUGAUGUAGUCAAGUAUUUGAUCCAGAGUCAUAUUCUAACGCUAUGGAGUGUUUUAUCUUAUAAUAGCAGUGUUGCGAAACUACCAGUAGAACAACAAUGCUAUUAUUAUGAAAGUUUGUUAGAAGUAUGCAACGAAGAAUCUUCAUUUUUGUUAAUUAAACCUGCUGUUAUGAAAAUUAUACUUUCCAAUAUUUUUAACGAUAAAUUUGAUUUAAAAUUUUUGAAACUAGUCAAAUCCUUUUUCGAUAAGGAUCCAUCAAUAAAGACUCCGUUUCGAGUUUUGGCCUUGCAUUCCACUUUUACUAGCAUCAAACAGAUACUAUUGGGCUUUGAUGAAGCACAUAAUCUGGGAUUUUUCAACGAGUUUUUAAAGUUGCUAAAGGCCAAGUAUUUAAAUAAAGUUAAAGUUGAAUUGUGUCGGGAAAUAACUAUUUUCAUCAACGCAUCAUUGAAUAAUUUGGUUAGAAGUAAUCAAAUUUUUGAAUUUUUGAAAAAGGAGUUUAAAAUCUCAAACUUUGAGACAGAGAAAAGUGCUUUUAAACAAAAAUAUAUUACCCUAUCCAAUAUUCAGGAUAAAGUCAAUUUAAUUCUUUUGGAGAUCUUACAAGUGUUGGAAAAUAAAUUAGAUAUUGAAGAGACAAAAUUAAAAAUAGAAUCAUUAUUUGCCUUGAAAAAAAAAGAUUACGCAGAUGAGUUUAAUUUACUAUUGAAGAUAAUUUUAUGUUGUAUAUAUGGAAAUAGUGCACUAUCUUUCUAUAUUUCAACUAUCUUAUUUGCAAUAAUUUCAAAUGUAUUGGAGCAAAAAAUGAUGGUUACCACCAAUAAUGAAUUUUUAAUUCUUUUAAAGUUUUUGCAUAAUAUCAGCAAUAAUAUUAGGUUUAAAAAAAAUUUGACUGCUUUACUGCCAUUUUAUUAUUGUUUAUCCUGCUUUUAUCUUGAUCUGAAAUAUAUCGGGUCUGGAUUUAAAGAGUCUGAAAUUAUCGAAGAAAGUAUAGAUAAAUUUAUGGGAAGAUGCAAAGAAUCAUCUAGAAUAGAGGAUUUGAAACUAGAUAAUAUUGUAUCGCAUCAGGUACUGGAAUUAAUUAAAAAAUUCGAGUCCACCAUUGAAAUUGAGAAAUUUUACGAAGAAAAAGAUUAUGAAAUGUUUUCAUCGAAAAUAGAGGAUAUUUGUUUAUAG